AUGGUAACUUUUCUACUGAACAUUUUAGAAAUCCUCAUAAUAACAGAAUUUGUUCUAGGAAAUUUUGCCAAUAGUUUCAUAGUGGUGGUGAACUGCAUUGACUGGGUCAAGAGACAAAAGAUGUCCUCAGCUGAUCAAAUUCUCACUGCUCCGGCGAUCUCCAGAAUCGGUUUGCUCUGCGUAAUGUUAAUAAAUUGGUAUGGAACUGUGUUCAAUCCAGAUUUAUUUAGAUUGGAAAUAAGACUUCUGGUUCAUAUUGCGUGGACCGCAAGCAAUCAUUUUAGUGUCUGGCUUGCUACUUGCCUCAGUGUAUUUUAUUUGUUCAAAAUAGCCAAUUUCUCUAGCUUUAUUUUUCUUCGCCUCAAGUGGAGAGUUAAAAGUGUAAUUCUUGUGAUACUGUUGGUGUCUUCGUUCUUUUUGGUUUUUCAUGUUGCGGUGGUAAGCAUAUAUGAGCUGACGAAGGAAUAUGAAGGAAACAUCACUAGACAAUCCAGAUUGGUGAACAUUGCACGCCUUUCAAAUAUGACUAUAUUCACGUUAGCAAACUUUGUGCCUUUUGUUAUAUCCCUGACAUCUUUUCUGCUGUUAAUCUUUUCCCUGUGGAAACAUCUCAAGAAGAUGCAAUCUGGUGGUAAAAGAUGCCAAGAUCCCAGCACCAAGGUCCACAUAAGAGCCAUGCAGACUGUGAUCUCCUUUCUCUUGCUAUUAGCUGGUCACUUCCUGACUCUAAUUGUCACUGUCUGGAGUUCUGAGUGGCUGCCGACCAAACUGUUCUACGUGUUUUGCCAAACUUUUGGAUUUGUGUAUCCUUCAAGCCACUCAUUUAUCCUGAUCUGGGGAAACAAGAAGCUAAAACAGGUCUUUCUGUCUAUUUUGUAUCAGGGGAAGUACUGGCUGAAAGAACAGAAACUCUCAACUCCAUAG